AUGGAAGCAUUGCUAUGUGUACUAGUAGCGUUCAUCUUCUAUAAAUAUAAUAGGUUUGUCUUUACCAGCGGGCUCAUCCACUUCACAACCAUACUAGGAAUUAAUAUAGAUGUAGGCCGCCUACGUCCCAUAAAGCACUAUUUAUACCUACUGGCUAGGGUCGUAUACUACGUACAGGUCCUUAGGGCGGAAGUGCUACUCCCAGUAUCCCAGCAUGAUCACUAG